UUCAAUGUUGCGAUCGUUUGGCCGCAACUACAACUGUAAAUGAAGUUUUAGCAGCAAACAAAACAAAACGCCUGUUCGGAGCCCGCUCGCCCGCGCGGGCACACGAAGCAGUCAGCGGUAGUCAAAACAGCUCAUGAGCAAGUGCUGGUCUUAUAAAGUCUGGAUUUUUGAAUGCGUGUCUACGCGCGCGGGAAUAACGGAACUCGCGAAUGCUUUUACAUGAAAACAAGCCCGGUGACCCCUUCUUUUUAUUGUUUUAAUACAAUUUUAUUAUUGAGAGGAAGCGUCAGAAAAAAAAAUAAAAAAAUUCUACGGACGGAAAUUUGCACUUUGUACAAAUUGUCGUUUUUACAAGUUUACAAGAAAUCGGCUCCGUAUAAUUAUUUUAAAAUUGUUGCGCAUUUUCAUUUUUAGAUGCCCAAAGCUAUUGAUUAAAAAAACUCGGGGUCACCGGGUUAAUUUUUUAGUUAUUAGUGUCAUGAGCGAAAAAUCAUGUCAAGUCUGGAAAAUCCUUUUAGAAUGUUGCCAUGUUAACUGCUGACGACAAAAUAUCAGCUUAUUUAGGUCAAGUAUAAAUGAUAUAAUCCAAACCUACAAAAAUAUAACAGUGGACCUGGUCUGCCUUUUUGUUCUAUUCUUACAAAGUUAUGAGCCGUCAAAAACCUGAAAACUGUUAUGAGCCACCUUAAACCACUUGUAUGCAAAACGAAAGCAAAUGCGAAUUAUUACUUUCAAAACUGAAGUAAAAACCGCAAUACAAAUACUUUUGUCGUCUUUGAUAAAUCCUAUAAUUGUCUGUAUUCUCUAGGUUCCACUGCCGUUUCAAUUGAUCAAAAUCUUUUUCCUAAUUGUGCGGUUUACCGCUCUGCCGAGUUUCGCGUGACACAUGCCGCAUAUGUUCUUACCGACUUCGUCUCAAGUUUCUGCUUGGCGUUAAAAGGACGCGGCCAGCUGACGCCGAUAGUAUCCUGGGAACAAGCUCGAGUCGCACACUGACCCCGACUUUCAUCUAGUGUUUUUCAAUACAUGAGCUCGACAUUCUUAAUUUCUCUUUGUUUCGGCUUAGCACACAAUGGAUUUCAUUGCUUAACGAGCACUUAAAAAAUCUUCGAGAUAGUAUAAUGGGGUCCGUCGGCUUUGUCCCUGCAGAGGUUUUGACGUCAGUGGUACGUCCGCCUCAAUACAUCUGAACUUCGACCAAACUCUCAAAGUUUGAUUAAAAACCAGUUUUCUAGCAAAGAAUAAAUCAUUCUUUUUGAAAAACCAACAUACAAAGACCAUCUCCUCCGAAUCUCAGUCAAUGAAAAACGAGCUGGCUUGAACGAAGCUCGUAAAACGCUGUCCCAAAUUUCGCUCGGCUACGGGGAUGUACAGACGUUGCCACGAGAAAGAAAUCUAGUAGGAAUCAUAUUUUCUUACGUCCUUCUAGCAAACUAUAGUUUAUUAAAUCUUUAGAAUUAACCGGUCGUAAGGUGCGGCGCAGCAAGGGCGAAGCAGUUGUUUACAAUUUUGGUCUCAGGGGACGUUAUUUUGGCGGGUUCAUAAAGCUAUGCAAAUGAUUUAGUUAAGUGAUAUUAAAACAAAAACUUUCUUAAUUCUUCAGCUGUCCGAUUGUGAAUGAGGUUAUACGUGUGAGCGGCGCGCUGUUUCUUGGCUCCUUUCAACUGAAGUAAUGUGAGAAUCUUGUCUGUCAGAGAUCCGAGAAAUUCAAGCAACGCCGUAGAGACGUUUGCCAAUAUGUACGAGAUUUCCUUUGUUGACGAUGAUCUCGAAGAUUUCAGAAUCCAGGAUCUGCUUGGAGAAGGAUCGUUCGCCCAGGUCUACAAAUGUGUCGAGACCAAGUCGCAAACGGUGUUCGCACUCAAAGAAUUUGACACAAAACACAAAGAAUUUGAUGAGAAAGCCGUAGAGCAAGAGGUGCUCGUGUGGACAGACGUGAUUCACGAAAAUAUCGUCCGCUUGUAUGUAUCCUUUACCACGGGGUCUUAUAUGUACUUUGUUCUGGAGUAUGUGGAUGGAGGAAGCCUCUUUAAUCACAUGAUGCAACGGCACAAAUACAGCGAAAAGGAGGCUGCCAAUAUUAUGAAACAGGUACUUGAAGCUCUCCAUUAUCUCCACAAGAAACGCAUUGUCCACCGAGAUGUCAAACCGGAUAACAUACUGGUCAAACAGGUUCCGGACUCUGAUAAUAAAACCAAACAACAACUAGCCAUCAAGCUAUGCGACUUUGGGUUCGCUUUCCAGCUCCCACGUGGCGCAGAUGUCACGUGUUGCCCCGCGCGGGGUGCGCCGAUGUUUUUGGCGCCAGAAACAAUUCUGGACAACCCGAUUGGUCGCCCCGUGGAUAUUUGGUCAGGUGGUGUCCUGCUUCAUCUUCUUGUGGCGGGAUAUCCGCCAUUUUGGCACGAUAACAACGAAAAAAUGUUACUGGCUGCUGCUCGAGGGCAGUUCAGCUUGUCAUCUCCAGGCUGGAGCAAAAUUUCCAAUUCUUGCAAAGAUCUCGUUAAGUCAAUGCUCACAGUACAAACAUCGCAGCGAAUUACGGCUGUAGAGGCCAUUAGGCAUCCCUGGAUUUUCAAGAUGUCUGCCUUGGACUCGCCGCGUCCACGAAGGAAACACAGUAGCGCCUUGUCGAACAGUUCCCGGUUGACAGAGAAGUUGAAGUGCACCAUUAGCGAGAUGCACUCCAGUUUGAAACUGCAGCGUUUAGGUCUGGAUCAUCUGAAGGGAAAAUUCUUUCCUCUUUAUCAUUCAGCCAUGAAUUUGUCCGAGGUCAGAUAACAUCGGUAUCUUCCUGGGUGUCGGGCGUGUAAAUUCAGUAUUACUCGAUAGGUUUCUGCACAUCUCGGGGAAGGAGUAAGAAAAGUCCGAUCUCAUAACUCCCUCUAUAUGACACUUUAUCUCAAAAGUACCUCUGCAGGUAAUGACGUACAUGUAUUAUUAAAUCUCCCCAGCCCCGUGGCCAGGGGGACACCUCUUAAGGACGGUGGAUUCGAUAAAACAGACAGUCUGGGCUGGUCCCGGGCAUGCCAGUGAUAAAGGUUAUAAUAUAUUACAAAUAGUUCUCAUUUCACAACCAGAAUAAUUACGUUCUCGACACUGACAAAUAAGAGUGGCGUUCAACUGUUUCGUUUAUAUUUGGAGGUGUUUUAGCAUGGGAGUGAAUUUUGUGAAUCAGUUGUAUUUAAUUUACAUAGCGUUUUUAUAACAAAUGCAAGAAGUAAUUGCUUUGAACGAUAAUUUCUUCAAUCAAUAGUUCACUUAUACUUUGUUGUUGUUAAGACAUGUUGUCCAAAUGCAAAUCUACUUCGAAUUUCUGACAUGUUCUGCUUAUAUGUAUACGAACUUCCAUUGAGAGACAAUCGUGAAAAAAAGUCUUAGGAAGUUGGAUUACAGUCAAGAUGGUUUUCAAGUGUGUGAUCAUAACUUGAGCAUUUUCCUAUUGUUAAAAUGAGUACCGUUAACUAAUUAUGAACAACUUUUGAUGCACGAUUCAAUAAAUUAUUUUAACGUAAACGUAUUGUUUAGUUUCUCGCUUUUUUAUUAUUUUGCCCAAGUUUAUUGAUCUUGUGCUAAGGUCAUAACCUCGUUCCCAGGGAGUGUGGGAAGACGAGAGACACUGGAAACGAGGUUGCCAAGGUCAUUGGAUCCUAGGGACCGUUCAUUUUUUAUC